AUGGAGAAAAGCAAAGAUUCUCUUACAAAGGAAUUGGUUACAACCGGUGCUUUGCUCACAGCAUUCGCUCCACUGGAGCGAGUGAAGAACUUGAUGCAAAACCAGAACGCCAUAAUCAAGUUAGGCCGGCUAUCGAAACCAUAUAAUGGGAUAUGUGACUGCUUUGCUACAACUAUCAGACAUGAAGGUUUCUUUUCACUUUGGAGAGGCAACACUGCAUAUCUCAUUGCACAUCUUUCUGUUCAGAGUCGUAAAGAUAUCGAGUGGUCUAGGGUGGGCUUUGUUUCUUUCGCUGCACCUCAAUUGCUUUUUUAUCCAUUUUUAUAUGCUGGAACACGCUUGUCAACCGAUGUCAAGAAGACUAUCAGUUACACGGUCGGAAAUAGGCAGUUUAAUGGUGUAAUGAUGUCUUCGGAAAAACCUUGA